GACAGCCAACAAAGCAGUCGCCUUCACUCUGAAGGGACAGGCAACAGAGGAAGCGGACUUCCCACAGAUACCACAACACACCACAUCGUAAUACGCGACCAUCAUCUUUUUUUUUUCCUUUUCUCUGCUCGCAGAUAGUGUUAUUGACAUCACUUUUUUUUUUCAAGGUGAGAGACAUGUAGCGGUGCGCGCGUGUAAGUUUACCAGCAGGACAAGUUAUUUUGGCUCGCGAUGCUUUCAAAGCUGCGCCUGUGCAGACGAGCCUUCGACCUGACGAAUGCGAAGCGAAACGUUGGUGUCGCGUGCCGUUGUAUGAAAAGGAGAACGACACGAGGGUGUUUGCUGAUGGCGACCCAAGUCCGUCGCUUCCAGGCUUUCACUGAAGAGACUGGGAAAAUGUAUUACAGCACCACCAGCCAGUCUCGGUUUUCAAAAUGUGUCGACGGGGAAGAGGAACGUCAGUACACCGCCACCUUCGCCACAGCCGCGGCAGCAGUUUCUUCGGCUUCGACGUUUCCUCCAUCUCAAGCGCCCCUCUCACCGUACGACGUUGCCUCUGGGACUUCACAAGACUCCACAGCCAGGCAGCCAGAACUCGCGAUGAAAGACUCGACAGCGCCGGGAUCAUCGUCAGCUCGCGAUCAGCAGGAAGGAGCCGGUUCUUCAGCGGAGGGGAGUAACUCAGAGCUGGCCACCCUCUUCGAGUCUUUGCUGGACUCUGCGCAAGCGCCUUCAAGUGUACAGCAAGCGCAUGCGUGCAUCAACAACGCGGGCAAGGCUACGACCGCAUCUAAACUUGCUGCCGAGCGUGUUUCUGAGUCCGCACUGCCGACUCCGACUCCGACUCCGCUGGAGCUGCUGCCGCCUCGACCAACACAAGCACCACGCGUAUCUCUGUUCUCGCGUUUCCGCACCGACUUCGGCACAACGGACGAGGGGCCUUUUGAUGCUUCGUUGCCGGCCGAGACUACACAGCCUCCCGGGGUGUAUUCGGCGUUGUUCCGUGAGUCCUUCGUGAACCCGUUCAACGGACGCCUUAUCCGCACAAACUCCUCCUCAGCGACGCGACUCUUUCGACUGGGCUUUUACCGCAGUCGAACCAACCCGCUGCACCUAGAGUGGAGUCCUACGGAGUACGUCACGGCGUUGCAGAAAGUGUUGGCGGAACAGCAGAAACGCUUUGAGAAUCGAAAGAAGAGACUCCAGCGUCAGCAGCGACGAGAGCAGCGAGCCGCCCGCGCUUCCGCGUCAUUGCUGAAAACGACAAAGGGCGAGACGGAAGCUCUGGUGUCAAAUGCCCAUCCUACCAGUGAGACAAGCGCUUCGGUUGACGUCCCAAUGACGGACGCGCAAAAUGCGAAGCAAUCGAACAAGGUGGAAAGUACGGUGUCGUGUGAGCCCUUGCUCCCUGCGGAGGCGGUUGCAGAGGCACGCGCCCAGCUGCUUCGUCCCUUGCGCCGCCUCGGGGCCGAUCAUUGGAUGAGCACCGUCGCGAACAUCAUGGAGCGGCAAGACGUCUUCACCUUUCUGAACAAGGAGAUGGAGCGGCUGUACGCGAACCUGUGCACCGCCUUGGUGCCACCGAAGCUCGACACCCCGGUGGAUGCCGCGGUGGCGGACAUCGAGCUCACGCGAGAUCAGAAGCACGUCAUGCAACUGGCGCUGAGCGGGUUCAACAUCUUCGUCGGCGGGAGCGCCGGGACGGGCAAGACGGUGCUGCUGAAGAGCAUCUUUCGCGAGCUCACUCGUCUUGGCCUCCGCGUUGCCAUGACGGCCACCACCGGCGUUGCGGCUGUCCAGCUGGGCGGCUGCACCUUCCACCACGCCUUCAACGCGCCGGUGGACGCGACGCCGCAGCGGUGGGACGCCAGCGCUCUCCGCGCGGUGGACGUCGUCAUCAUCGACGAGGUGUCGCUGCUGGACGCGAGCAUGUUUGAUGCCUUCGACAUGGAAGCCCGGCUGGCUCGCAUGCGCCACGUCCCGUUUGGUGGUCUUCAGGUGAUUAUUUGCGGUGACUUUCUGCAGCUCUCACGCGAGGACACGAUGCCGGCGUACGAGAGUGCGGCCUUCAAGUACCUGGUUGCCGUGCGUCUCGUGACCCCGAUGCGCCACAGCGCGGGUGCCCCGCUGCUGAAGCUGUUGGAUGAGCUGCGCCGUGGCGAGUUCAACACGGAGCAAUUCCAAGCGUUGGACCGGCCUAUCCCGGCCAGCACGACCCAAAUCACCUACAUCUUCCCCCGCCGUCGGGAGGCGCAGCAGCUGAACGAGGCGAAGCUUGGAGAGCUAGAGUCGCGCGAGAUGACCUUCACUCCUCAGCGCGGACCGCUGCAGCUGUGGGGCACGUUUACUCCGUCUGCUUUGAUUGAGGUGGCGCGCGAUGCAAAUGGCAUGCAGAAGCCUUUGCCGCGCCGGGAGCAGGUGCUGGAUGCGAUCCACACUGAGGCGCAGCGCAUUCUCGGCAACGAGGGCGGCGGCACGGGUCCUCUGCCCCGUGUUGCGGACCAUGAACUGGUUCUCAUGCUUGUGCGAUCGGAAGGCACAACUUCGAACACGCGGUUCAUUCUGCGACUGCGCUGCCGUGAUUCAAAUGAAACAGCAACGGCGCCCACAGCGACGACCGGUGCUGGGGCGCCGGACAUGCACGAAGAGUUCUCGAACCCUCUGACAGCAGCGGCGCUCAGGGCGUUCACCCCCAUGGUGAAGCCCAGCAAGGUGAAUAGCAUGCUCCCGCGGGCGCCGCACCGAGCGCAACGCGUCCUAUCGCCCUUCUCCGAGUCGGCGUGGGAGCAAAUUGCGGCUGCCGUCGCGACGCGGCUCGGUGGCCGCCUCAUCACCAUGCUGUCCCCCGAGCCACCUUCCAUGGUGCCACUGAGUGUGUCGAUGACGCUGGCGGACAUGACCAGCCCCGACAUCGCCCACUCCCUCUCGCCUCUGCGGCUAAAGCUGGGCUGCCGCGUGAUGGUGAACCGCAACCUCUCUCGCACCGUGUCCAACGGCAGCGUCGGCAUCGUCGAGGCUUUUGCCCCACCCGAUGCGGCGCUCUUCCCAUGCAGCACCGACCGCGUGCGGUCCAACGCCUUCAAGCGUCUUGCAGAGGGCAAGCUGUUCGAGCAGCUUCCGGUUGUGCGGCUGCUCAGUGGCGAAGUGGUACAGGUGCCGCCCGUCUCGCUGCUUGUCGGCGGUACCGCGCAGAGCUACUACUACGGGCACGAUGUCCUCACAAUACCUCUGCAGUUGGGCUACGCGUUCACCGUGCACAAGGUUCAGGGUCUGACGUUGCAAGGCACCGUAGUGCUCGACUGCGAAAAGUUCUUCGACUGCCCACACCUCAUUUACGUUGCGUGCUCGCGUGUCCGCCAACUAGACCAGCUCAUUGUGCGGCACGUUGAGCCUCGCAUGAUCAUCGUGCGGCGCAGCGCGCUGGAGUUUUCGGACCACUUGCAGGAGGCCUUCGCUUUGAACACGCAUACCCUUCCACCGACGUGCGUGCGAGGCACAUGGACUCAACAGACUGCACAGCGCAUUUUGGCCAUCUCAGAAUAG